GAUGAUUUUACAUCGAUUCGAAACAAAUAGGGACAUCAACACGCCCAAUCUGUUGUUCAUCGGGUCUUUAUUUGUGUCUCGAAUGGAUGAUUUUACAUCGAUUCGAAACAAAUAGGGACAUCAACACGCCAACUAUUUGUAUUCAUCAAUCAAGCAAACGCAAGGAUGGGAUUGGCAAAUCAUGACUAUUCAGCCCAAGAGGGUGCGGCCAAAUGCAUUGUAGGAAGUAUAGCGUUCAGUUCAGUAUUGUAUAUCUGCUUGUGUUUGCUAUUUGUUGUAUUUACUUCAAAUGUUGUGGUGCUGAUCCCCAGGAGGCUUGAGUCGGAAGUGUUAUUGGGUCAUCUCACGUGUGAGAUAGAUUUCUAGAGUUUGCUUCUGACACGCCAUGUUUGCUAAAGUGUCGCAAUGCCCCAAUAAGAAAGGUGGAAAAUGUGGAGUGCUUGUCAAUGUCUUGGUUGAACUGUGAUUUGUAUACAUGCCGAAGAUGGAUCAGGGUGUUCAUGACUGGAUUCUUCUUCGGUGACGCCUUUUUUUGGGGAGGAUUGCUGAUUUGGUCAGCAAUGUUUAACAUUUGCUGUUCAUUAUCAGGACAAAUUUCUGGAGUUGAGUUAGAUUCGAAAUCGAACUCAGAAGGUGAAUUAAGUUUAGCAAGUCCAUCAUCUGAACUAGAACUAGUAUCGAAUUCGGCUUCAGAUAAGGCUUGAAGAAUCUACUGUUGGAAAUGAUCAUCAAGUGCCUUCUCAUUUAAUUUUUGUUGGAUUUUAGAUCGGCAUCGAUUAGCAUAAUGCCCUGUUACAUUUGUAACAUUUUAUUGCGGAUUUAUCUUUCAUGGAUGAGGCUUUUUGUUUGCCUUUAGAUCGGUGGGGUGAAUUUUGUUGAUAACUCGAUUUAGGAGUUUUAUAUUUUUUGUAUUUUUUA